AUGGCGUUUGAUGUUUGGGAAGAUGAAAUCCACAUUUUUAAACCUCACAAAACCAUCCAAGAGAUUGCAAGAUCUUUGAUGGGUUCUGUUCUUUCUGAUGCUAGUGGGAUAGGAAAGGUGGGAAGUUCCCAAGAGAUCAUAACUAAAAAUCCUGAUAAAGGGAUCAUUACCUUAAGGUCAGAGGGUCAGGAGGAAGCCUUAGGUUCUGAGAAUUCUGAGGGGAAAGAUAAAGAGGAUAAGAGUGUAGGGGAGAGAGGGGUUGUUGAAAAUGAUAAUAAUGAAUCCCAGUUAAUGGACAUCACUGUCCAAACUGACAUCAUAGAGGGAAGGGCUUUGCAGAGGAGAAAGAAAGCUUUUGUUAGGAAACCCAGAACCCAAGGGAAAGUGGGAAAAGUGAGUGCUGAAAGUGAGGAUAAGAAUGGGAUAGAAAUUGAUAAGAGGGAGACAGAGAGUCUUAAAAGAAACUUUGAUAGUUUGGUAGGUCUUGAACAGGAGGAUAAUGAGAAAUGGGAUUGUAACUUUCUAGCCAAAAUGGCUAUCCAAGGUGAUUUGUAA